GCGCGUUCCCGUGUGACUCCGCUCUCCUGUUGCUGCUCGCUCCCGUCUCUCUGUCAUUCCGACUGCUCUCACGUGCUUUCUCUGCAUAAAAGGGUCUCCCUCCACGCUCACCAUGUCCAGUGUGUCACCAGACAAGCGCAGAAAGAUGGAGUCAGCACUAAGCCAGCUGAAGAAGUUCACCGUCGUGGUUGCCGAUACUGGAGACUUUAACGCCAUCGAUGAGUACAAGCCUCAAGAUGCCACCACCAACCCUUCUCUUAUCCUGGCUGCUGCCAAGAUGCCGGAAUACCAGAAUCUGUUAGAUCAGGCCAUCAAAUACGGCAUUGCCAAAGGAGGAACGGAAGAGGAGCAGGUAGCCAACACAAUGGACAAACUUUUUGUAAGUUUCGGGCUUGAGAUCCUCAAGAAAGUUCCUGGCAGAGUCUCCACAGAGGUGGAUGCCAGAUUGUCUUUUGACAAGGAUACCAUGGUAACAAGAGCCCUCAAGCUAAUUUCUCUCUAUGAAGAAGCGGGUAUCAAGAAGGAGCGUGUGCUCAUCAAACUGUCAUCGACGUGGGAGGGAAUCCAGGCUGGCAAGGAGUUGGAGGAGAAGCACGGCGUUCACUGCAACAUGACACUACUGUUCUCCUUUGCUCAGGCUGUGGCCUGUGCCGAAGCAAAGGUUACUCUCAUUUCUCCUUUUGUUGGCCGCAUCCUUGAUUGGCACAAGGAGAACUCGGACCGCAAAAGCUUUGAGCCCCAUGAAGACCCAGGUGUUCUGAGUGUCACCAAGAUUUUCAACUACUACAAGAAGUUUGGCUACAGCACGGUUGUGAUGGGGGCUUCUUUCAGAAACACGGGGGAGGUGAAGGCCCUGGCAGGCUGCGACCUCCUCACCAUCUCCCCGGGUCUGCUCGCAGAGCUCAGCCAGGAUCACAGCUCAAUCACUGCAAUGCUCAGCAUGGACAAAGCUAAAGCCUGUGAUCUGGAGAAGAUCCACCUGGACGAGAAGGCCUUCCGCUGGCAGCACAACGAGGACCGCAUGGCCGUGGAGAAACUGUCUGACGGCAUCCGCAAGUUUGCUGCUGAUGCAGUCAAGUUGGAGACCAUGAUCAAAGAGAAAAUGUUCAACGCAAAGAAUGGCCAGUAAUGGAACAACAUGGAAAUUCCUGCAGCAUAAAGGAGGCAGAAGGGCUGAGCAGAACCUGCUCUCUCCGCCCAACCAGACCCUCCAGAUCUGCCACCUGAAUGGGGCUGCCUUUGACGAGAAGACCACACCUUACUUGAGAUUAAUUCUUUAGUGGUUUCUUCUACAAUGAUCCAUAAACAGAAAUGUAUCCAGAAAUGAAAGAAAAACCAUAAACAAGAAGAGAGACCCUUGACUUGGCUUUGUAAUUCUGACGUAAGUCGUGUUACGACUUGAAGGGACCACGGUGCUUUUUUACAGGACCACAAUUUUCAAAUUGACUCAGAUUUGUGUUUCAGCCAUGUUUAAAUAAAGUUUUCCUGUAUCUUCAUUCCGCCACAGAUUUUACACUCUUAAUAAAAAAAAACAUCUCAGUCGUCA